AUGCAUAAACCUGAAUUUGGACUGGCAAACGAAGACACUGUUAGUCGGAAUGAACAGUAUGUUAUUGAAUUUGAAGUUGCAGCUAAUCCUAGUAACGUCACUUAUCAAUGGACCACUGAUCCUCCUGGAAUUGAAGACACAGACACUAACCAAGCAACUUUCACAGUCAAUGUACCAGAUGUUAACGUCACAGUGUUUACAAUAAGAAUGAAUGUUGCUAAUAGCAUUGGAUUGACAUCAAAGUCGAUUAAAAUAACUGUAAUGGUAAGUCCAUGUGCUGAUGAGCCCUGUGGAAAUGGUGGGACGUGUUCAGUUGUUGAAGAAGGCUACAAUUGUAGAUGCACUGAUCAUUUCGAUGGAUUAAAUUGCACAAACUGCAUCUAUAAGGAUGGCUGUGACUUGGAUAAGGGGGACACGUACUACAGUGAUGGGAAUGGCGUUUGUGGAUGCUACUGUGGUGGUUGUAGACAAUUUGAUAAAAAUACAAAUCAUGAAAUCUGUUCAGUCUGUUCCAGUAGCACGAGUCUAACAAUUGGAAUGUUCUUUGUGGGCAUCUUUGUUGGAGCUCUCGGGAAGACAAAAAUAGACAAGAGAAGUACGGACAAAAGUAAACAAGAUACUUACAUGGACUUCACGACAGAUAGGCCAAAUGCUGGCAAUGAAAACCAGACUUACCAAGAUCUACAAUACAGAGAAGAAGAAACAGCUUAUGUUAAUUUGAAGUCGGGAAAGAGAUAA